AUGUCCGCGCGUCGCUCACAGAGUCUCUCAUACCAGUCUUGCGGCCAAGUAAGCUCAACAAACAACGUUAUUGAUGAUGUUUUCUGCAGUGGAGAGUUUAAAGCGGAGGAUUUCCAAGAUUUACUACAAUCAUGGGUUGUUUUGUGCAACGCACCCGAUUCAAAUAAUCACCUGUGUGUGUCUUAUCGUUAUUUUUCUCUGGUAUGUGCAACAAUCAUUUUACCGUUGAAGCACCGCAGUUUUCCUCUUACGCAACUUCCUGUGAUAAAGGAUGUACCGUUGGAUCACGUUGUCCUUCGAGAAGACGAGUUCCUGGCGUUUGAGAACUCCCAUCUUUUUAAUUCUGGAAAUCCCAACAAAAGUCUCGGCUACUGCAUUCAGAUUAUUCUCCACUCGACGUUCGCCCCAGCCACAAGCAACGGUUGUUCCCGACCAAACCAGCUACUGGUGAACCUGCUUCAACAGAGCGCUGAACUUGUUCGAUCACUCCGUGAAUUUCGCUCAACCACAACCCUGGCUUCAUCGCGUGUCCAGUCAUUUGAGGAUGCUUGUUUCCAGGUGGAAGACCGCGUUGUGACCGAGCUUGAAUCGACCGAUACAAUCUUCAACAUGCUGCCCACCUUCGACUGUCUUUUGCUGGCUCCCAGUUUGUUAUGGAGGCAUCAGGAUGUCGAAAAAACCCUCACGCCAGGUGAACAUCUGUUCGCCCGUUUGAAACAAGCGGCUGUAGGCGACCUACGCAACUUGUUUUUCGGUAUGCCAUGGAAACUGACUGGUGUCACGCGGAAACCAGUUUGCAAUGAACCGAGUACAAUGGCUUUUGCUGUGACUCUUGUUCUCCGUGAAUAUGACCCAGACUUUAUUGAAAAACUUCGUGACCACAUUGUUACUCAGUUUGUCCACAACCGCAAUUCUACCGCAACGGUGGCACAGCAGGGUUCAACAGAUAACCCGGACGCAAACCAUUCUACGCUACGGCCAAACGUUCACGAUCCUGCCGGACCCAACACGCCAAAUGUCCGGAAUGUGUACCUGGUGUGGUACAGAGGACGAUCCUAUCUUUCCGACUACGCACCCCUGAUCCUCAUCUAUUUAGUACUGUUGCUUUAUAUCUAUUUUUCUGUCUGCAAACUGGAAAUGGUCAAGAGUAAAAUAGCGCUCGCCUUCAGUGCGUGUUUCACCGUCGUUGCCUCGUUAUGCAUGUCUCUUGGGUUGUGUAUAACAAUCGGCCUAAUGGUGCCCACCUUGAGUGGCAGUGAAAUCUUCCCCUACUUGGUUGUGCUUAUUGGAUUUGAAAAUGUGAUAGUUCUAACCAAGUCGGUCGUGGCCACUCCGGUUGACUUACCCGUGAAAUAUCGGAUUGCCCAAGGUCUCAGUAAAGAAAGCUGGCCGUUGACAAAGCAGUAUUUCACUCAACUGGUCCUACUGUGUCUCGGUUUCCUCACGUUCCACCCCACAAUGCAAGAAUUCUGUCUGUUUGCUAUGGUCGGCGUUACCACUGACUUCUUUCUGCAGCUAUUCUUCUUUGUGACCGUGUUGUCUGUGGACAUUCGUCGUAUGGAGCUGUCGGACCUAUCUACUCAGUACCAAAGUGUUGCAAUGCUUUGUGAGUCCAAACACCUACUCACCAGUCAUUCGAUUUCGACCGAAUCACAAGAUCUCAGCUCCUCAGCUCCACCACUGCCCGAGACUGCCAACAACGCAGCACAAGCGGUCUUCCGGUUUCGGGGAAUGAAUCAUGGUAUCGUUUUGCCGUUCGUUCGCUAUUGUAUCCGGCGAACGUUUGCGUUGUGCAUAAUCAUCUGGAGUUGGACACGAUUUUACUUUGCGAAAGUCUUUUCAAAGGUGCGACCUAAGCUCAGACCGGGACAUAAGCGUCGCGUUUCUGCCGCGGAAGCUGCUGCCUUCCUCGCCUCAGAUGACAAACCAACGGCAAAUGUCCCGCGACGCUUGUGGCUUCUUCGAAGUUGGGCAAAACAUCGUUUGGUUCAACGAAUAUUCAUGUUGGCAGUUGCUAUAUGGUUGGUGAUUUUCGUCCUGUACACAGUGGAUUUAGCUCAACUCGUGGACACCUUCCAUUCCUCACCAUCCACCAGUUCUUCGGUGACAGCUGACGAUAAGUUAGGUGCUCCAGUUCCGGAACAAACGGACCGCCGGGUUUCGAUCGACGAACCGGAGCCAAAAUCUGUGGCACCAGAGGAUGAUUCAACUGAGGGGCCACCCUCCAGUUCAUCGAAAUCAUCUCUCUGGGAUGUUGAACUUGGUGGUAAGUUUGGAGAUUUAGUUCGUGCACCUCCGUGGCUCCACCCUAGUGAAGCAACUUGGGACCACAACCUUCUAUGGAAUUACUUGGCCUUUUAUCAGUGGCCCUACCUGGCUAAGCACUAUAAUCUGAGUCUAUCCGGCUGUCAUCUGGCCAUUCUGGAGCCCAUUCAUUUGAAGCACGAAGUACCCAGUUAUUCAGGCGCAGAAUCCUUGCAGAGCGGUGCUGCUUCCGAAGCGUUAUCACAAUACUUUCCGUACGGUGUUCCAGAGCGUUCAUUCGAUUGGAACUGGGUCUCUUACACCGCGCUUCAAGAGUUCCUAAUCCAGUCGUUCAAUUCCAAUCGUAAAGAUAACGCACCUUCUGGGGAUUCACCGUCCGAUACAGAACGCAGUCAGUUUCUUGGACUACCGGAGGAAUUGUUGAAAAUCGUGGAUAAGUUAAAUCUACGACCGCUUUCUACUCACGUCUCUCCCGGUGGUAUAGCCGGAUGGACUGCCCGUCUGUGGUUGACUGCAAGUCUGCUGAAAACCAGCUUCCUUGGUUGCAGUUUGGUUCUUUUGGUCACGUGUCUCGGGAUGAUAUGUUUUCAAGAGCUACAAUCAAAGUCAUCUACUCCUUCACAACGGGAGCCGGUCAUACGAGUUCUGCCACUAACAAUCCCACUCACGGAUUCUUCUGAAAGGGACUCGAAGGAGGACUUGGAGAAUGAAGUGGUACUUUUCACGCCCGAUUGGAUACUGGCUUGCGGUAAACAUCAAACCAGUACACCACAGGGCUCCGUACAGGUCGCAGGUAUUGUUGCAGCAUGUGGUCUGCCGAAGGCACUUCAUCUUGGCCCUCCCGCGACAAGUGUGAUACGGCUGUGGUGUACCACUUCAGGCGUGGCAUUACCACCGAUUCACAGAUAUUCCAGUUCGGCGGUGUUUGUUAGACAGAAUUCUGCGGUGCACUCUAAACUACCUGCCCAACGACGAUCGACUGUGUGGACAAUGCGUUUCCUGUGCGGUGGGUCGCUGCUCGCCGGCUGCAGUGAUGGGACAGUUGAGCGUUGGGACUGCAAGUCUGCUCAGCUUUCAACUCUGUUCUACCCAGAUUUGGAGGCCGAAGACACUUCUUGCCUCGAAACAAAUUCAUCCUCAUCACAGCCUCGUUCACAACAUCCAGGUGGUGUAACCGUUCUCCGAGUAACAGAUGAACAAAGUUUCGCGAUUGGUACCAGUCGGGGACACGUAGCUUGGUUCGAUUUAUGCAAUGAACAAAGCUCAACAGCACGUUUCCCAACCCGACAAUGGCAUAUUCACUCUCGGCCGGUCAUGGGACUGAAGUGUACAAUGCUUUCGAAUCACACCGGCGAGUCACAAACGCACAUCAGACAUUGGAUCCUCAUUAGUGGUUCAGAAGACGGUCGAGUCUGUUUCUACAGUACAUCCACGGGCGAAUGUCUCUACCAAGUCUCUCUGGAUUCGGCGGCCAUACUGAGCUUCGACUUCUCCAAGCUGAUGUUGGCUGUGAGCUAUGCGUCUGGGAAUCUAUAUGCCGUCAGUUUCGGAUUGUACGCACAGUCUCCGACAGAUAGUGCUUCCUUCAGUCUUUCGUUGGAUAUGAUUGGUGACCCGAUCCACUUGGCUCGGGACCGGAAACAUUCCACGACAAAUCACACGCGCUCCACACCACACGCACACUCUGGUUCUGUCGGGCUCCACUGGUAUUCGAUGAGUAACGCUUUGAGAUUGAUUGACUCAGAUGGGUUGCAGAGGCCUUGUGUAAAAGCCUUUCGGCUCGUCACCUGUGAACUAGAUAGUACCGUGGCGAUUUGGAACCUGGAUCCCCCAAGCCUUCUGAGAACGUUUCGUUUGAAUCUCUCCACCAUCAGACCUGGGGAUCCUUUAUUAACUUUCGAAAAUCGAGUGAUAUUUGGCGAUCAGUGCCGCAUUUACGCACCAGUUUAUCAGCUCCCGCCUCCAAAUCGCAGCUACCUACUCCACAUCCCUAAAUCAUCAGUGAACGAAAUUGUGGCAGCUACAACCACUUUACGACAAAAUCUCUCCACCAUCAGACCUGGGGAUCCUUUAUUAACUUUCGAAAAUCGAGUGAUAUUUGGCGAUCAGUGCCGCAUUUACGCACCAGUUUAUCAGCUCCCGCCUCCAAAUCGCAGCUACCUACUCCACAUCCCUAAAUCAUCAGUGAACGAAAUUGUGGCAGCUACAACCACUUUACGACAAGGCUAUCUACGUGUCAUAAACCCAUGGACGGCGAAAUAUGAACGCUCAAUUCAGCUGCUUCCACCAUCGACAGUGCUGCUGCAAAACUCGACGACGAGUUUUUCUUCGUCGAUACUAGCAGCCAUACUCCGUCGUUGGUCAAAGGAAUUGGUACCUUUGGGAAUAGCCGGACCAUCUUGUUCGGUUGCCCCAGAGACAAUUCUCAGUUUUCUCAAAGAGAAGUCAGAAGGACAAACGGUACAUUCCUCGGCAGGUUCUGUGGUGGUCAGCGUGGCCGACGAGGGGCGGACACUAGUAAUCAUUCCAUUAGCAACGUUGAAAGCAAAAUAG